AUGACAGGCGUACAGAGGCUUCCUUGGCUGGGCCGGAGCCAGGCUGUGGUGGACGAGUACCUGGCCUUUCUGGGUAACCUGGUGUCAGCACAGACUGUCUACUUGUGUGCCUGCCUCAACAUGGUGGUCUCCCACUUCACCCCCAAGAGAGUGACCAUCUGUGAAGGAGGAGUGGAUAUCUCUGAUUCAGAUGAUGAAGAUGAGAAUUUUUCCUCUUCUUUUAGCACAAGUCGCUUUCUGAUGCCCAUUUUGCAAGAAAACUUUCCCUUCAUACAGAAAUCCUCAAGAACACUGGAGUGUUACGUCCAUAACCUCCUGAGGAUAACAGUGUACGUCCCCUCCAUUCGACGAGACCUACUUGAGCUGAUUAUUGGAAAACUGCUGAAACUGGAUGUGAACGCGUCCCACACACAUAUUGAGGAAGCUGAAGAAAACCGAGCGCAGACCCAGAAAGCAGAGGAGCAGACUGAGGAGUGUCUGUUUGACAUGUUGUCACAGGCCCUGGCAGAGGCCUUCUUGGAUCACCUGUGGAAGAUCCUGCAGAACCCGUCUCUGCCUGCUGUCCUUCGCCAGGCUGCUGCUGGAUACCUGGGAAGUUUCCUGGCCCGAGCCAAGUUCAUCCCGUUGAGCACUGUGCGGGCCUGCCUGGAUUUACUGAGCUCCUGGAUCCAUCAGUACAUCUACAGCCAGGACAGCUGUGGGAAACAAGUCUGCUGUGACGUCAGCUUGCACGGGCCCUUCUACACUUCCUGCCAGGCUGUCUUCUACACGAUCAUCUUCAGACACAGAGCAUUGCUGGAGGCCAACAUGAAGAAAGGUAGAAUAGAAAACUUUGAGCUAAUAUCAUGUAGACUAGAAGAAAGUCUUUGCAUCAGUUAUAAAAUGCUGGUAUUUUCCCUCCUCGUCAUUCCUACCAGCAGUUGUUUUUGUUGCAGGAAGUACCAAGUGGUGUUCUGCUACACCAUCAUAGAGAGGAACAACCGGUGUGUGCUGCCAGUGGUCCGCAGCUCUGCAGGAGGAGACUGUGUGACCACCAACACCAACCCACUCGACAGUUUUUUCCCCUUCGACCCCUACCUGCUCAAGAGGUCUGGUCAGCUCAUUGAACCGUUGUACCAGGUUUGGGAUGAUCUAUCAGACACAGAGCCAUCUCCCACCAAAAGAGGGCAACAGGGCUCGAAGGAGGAUGAGGAUGACUUCCUAUGUGGAGAGACGCCUCAAGCCGAGGGCAUUGUGGGACUGACGCCCAACUCCUAUGAUUCAAAUUUCCACAGUCCAAGCAGCUUAGGUUCACCACCCAACACCCUCCAGAGGCCGUUUUAGUUUCAUUUGUAUGGCAUGUACUAGUAAGGGCUGUUGACUUCUUCAAGUUGUGAAGAAAGACAGCAGAUCCUGUACCAUAUGAUGCUUUUAUAAGCUCCAACCACAGUCUGAAGAACACCAGCCCAGGACAACAUGGUUGUGACGAAAGCCCUUUUUAGAUCUGGGAUAACAUUAUUUUAUUAAAGUGACAGAAUUCAGACAUUGAUCAGUUUUAUGUUAAUGUCCUUCACCACCCACAAAUACUUAUGGUAGUGACAGAGAGUGUGCAUCAGUACUAAAAUGUUCUCUCCAACCUUGUUAGUUUGUUUAGGUGUGUGUGUCUGUGUGCGCGUGCAUGAGUGAGUGAAUCUUUUCAAUUUGAAAAUGCAUGACGCUGCAAGUUAAAGCAGACUCAGUAAGAAACCAUCGUGUACGGGUUAUUUACGUUUAGUCAUUUUCAAGUAACCAAUAAAUGAACUGCGACUUAUGCAGCACUUUUCUACUCUGUUUGAGCA